AUGGCAGCCAACAACCAAGAUCAACAAUCUCAAGCUGGUAGGCACCAGGAAGUUGGCCACAAGAGUCUUCUGCAAAGCGAUGCUCUUUACCAGUAUAUACUGGAGACUAGUGUGUAUCCGAGGGAGCCUGAAGCCAUGAAAGAGCUCAGAGAGUUGACAGCCAAGCAUCCAUGGAACCUUAUGACCACAUCAGCUGAUGAAGGCCAAUUCCUGAACAUGCUUCUUAAGUUGAUCAAUGCAAAGAACACCAUGGAGAUCGGUGUUUACACCGGCUAUUCUCUUCUAGCCACCGCCCUUGCUCUCCCUGAUGACGGCAAGAUCUUGGCCAUGGAUAUCAACAGAGAAAACUACGAGCUGGGUUUGCCUGUGAUCCAGAAAGCUGGUGUUUCACACAAGAUUGAGUUCAAAGAAGGCCCUGCUAUGCCGGUUCUUGACCAAUUAGUCGAAGAUGAAAAGAACCAUGGAUCGUAUGAUUUCAUCUUCGUCGAUGCUGAUAAAGACAACUACAUUAACUACCACGAGAGGCUGAUAAAACUGGUGAAAGUCGGCGGUUUGAUCGGUUACGACAACACGCUGUGGAACGGAUCGGUGGUCGCACCGCCUGAUGCUCCUCUUAGGAAGUACGUUAGGUAUUAUAGAGAGUUUGUUCUGGAACUCAACAAGGCUCUUGCUGUUGAUCCCAGGAUUGAGAUCUGCAUGCUCCCUGUUGGUGAUGGAAUCACCCUUUGCCGCCGCAUCAAAUGAGCCACCACCGAUGCUGCCGCGACCCAAGGUUGACAAGCUGAUAUAACUUCCAAACUUCAUUUUUCAAAAAUAUGGUGUAAAUUUAAUUUGGCAUUCAUGAAAGAAAUGCCUAUCUACAAUUAUCAAACCGCGAUUAAUUUCUCAAAAUGUGAGUGAUUGGAUUAACCAA